AUCUCACUUUGCUUACCUACACUUAAUUACUCAAUUAGCGACUUCGUCACGUCGGCUGUGCCUGGAACGCAAGCUCUGAGAAAGGGCCGACCAAAUUGAGGAACCAUUGUCUCCUAGGGUGGUUGUAUUGCUCAUACGAAUACAACCGCGCAUUUUUACGCCAUCAAGUCAAGAUGGCGCCGAAUCAGAAGCCGGCAACCGGCGACUCCUUCAGUCACGACGCAACAGAAACAACUCCGUUACUCAUCGCCGGCGAUAUCGCUCCGACCGCCGAUCCCGAUGUUUCCAAGGCUACAACACUCAAUGAGGCAUCCCAAGAGAAUGAGACUCCGGACGAGGAUGAUAAACCAUUGCCGGUAUGGCAAGUCUUUUGGCUAUGCUACGCGCGACUUGUAGAGCCGAUGGCCUUCUUCUGCAUCUUUCCGUACAUCAGCCAGAUGGCCGAAGAGAACGGCCACCUGGCCAAAGCGGACGUCGGUUUCUACAGCGGUCUCAUCGAGUCACUCUUCUCCCUGACUCAGGCCGUCGUUAUGAUCUUUUGGGGUAGACUCUCUGAUCGAAUUGGUCGCAAGCCCGUCCUUGUCUUCUCCCUCUGCGGAGUUACCAUCGCCACAUCCAUCUUCGGCAUGGCACAGACCAUUUGGCAGAUGAUCCUCUUCCGAUGCUUGGCAGGCGUGUUCGGUGGAUCUCUUGUCACGAUGCGCACCAUGAUUGCCGAGCACGUUACCCAAAAGACGCAAGCCAGAGCCUUUAGUUGGUUCGCUCUGAGCGGUAACCUUGGAAUCUUCUUCGGGCCCCUUCUCGGCGGAGCCCUAGCCGAUCCGGCGCAUCAAUACCCGAACAUCUUCAAAGCCCAAUUCUUCUUCGACUACCCUUACGCACUAUCCAGCUUCUGCGUUGGCUUCAUUGGUUUGACGGCGACCAUCACUAGCAUACUGUUUGUCGAGGAGACACUGGUCAAGGAGAAGCACAGCAACAAUGACGACGCAGCAGCACCGCCCAAGAAGGACAAGGGCUCCAUUAAAGAGAUCGUUAAAUCACCAGGCGCUUCCAAUGUCCUCUUCGUGUACGGUUACCUCAUGCUUCUCGCAUUGUCCUACACGGCCGUCGUGCCCGUCUUUUGGUUCACCCCAGUCGAGCUUGGCGGCUACGGCUUCACCCCUCUGCAAAUCUCCGUCAUGAUGUCCGUCAAUGGUAUCGCCCAAGUCUCAUGGCUCCUCAUCAUCUUUCCACCGCUGCAGCAUCGCAUAGGCACGAACGGUGUGCUGCGCGCCUGCGCCUAUGCGUACCCUUGGUUCUUCCUCGUCUGCCCUCUCGGCAACGUCGUCCUUAAGCUCGGUGUACACAACUCGGGCUGGGUGACGUUCUUCUGGAUCUUUAUGCCCAUUGCUCUUACCAUCGGCUGCGGCGUGAGCAUGAGCUUUACUGCCAUACAGUUGUCGUUGAAUGAUAUCUCGCCCAGCCCUCGUGUUCUGGGAACGCUUAAUGCUUUGGCUCUUACCGGAGCGAGUGUCAUCAGGGCAUUUUCUCCAGCCUCAUUCACCACCCUAUUCGCCAUAGGUGCUAACACCCAGGCCCUAGGCGGUUACGCAAUCUGGGUUCUGAUGGUUGCACUCGCAGCUGGGCUAAUAUUCGCAGUGAGGAACCUCUAUGAGCCGGAGGAUUUGAAGAAGGCCAGGGAACAAGAGCAGGCUGAGUCAUCUUAGAGAGACUACCUUACGGUACCAACUUCAUGUUGAUACAUCUUUGCAGCAUUCUGCAUGUCAAAAGAAUCAUAUGUGCAGAGAAGUAAUACAGAAGCUGCUCUUUGAGGCAUCAGUUGGGAUUGCGUACAUCGUGAAUAAACCUAUUCGUCACUUACUCACAUGUAUCUCCACGACCGGACCACUUUGAAUAUCUCAUCGAGGCCUCGGUUUGAAAGAUUUGAGGCUUUUGCUCCAUUAGCAUAAUUAUACUAGAUACUAUUACAGGUUAUUUACAAAUACUAUUCAUUCAUAUGGG